CCAUUGACAAUUCCGACUCCCACCCCCGCCGCCGGCGUCUCAGUUCAGAAGUCCCAUUCAUAGGCUGGCUUUCCAGAGGCGCGCGCGCGUCGCCGGCCCCGGCAGCAGCCCCACGCCCACCUCCCCUCAGCUUUCGCCAGCGCCGGAUGCUUCGCUCGGCGGCGGCCAGGCUGCCCUCCUGAACAACAUCGCCGGGGCUGAGACGGAGGGGACGACCGCCGCCUAUUCCUCGCGUUCUUCUUCUUCUUCCUCCUCCCCCUCCUACUGUGAGGCGCGAACAAAGGGAUUUGGCCGGCGCACGAGGCGAGGGCGGCGAGGGGCUCCGUCCGGAUGCGGUGAGAGCGAGGGGCCGCUCGAGCGAGGCCGUAGACGGCGGGAGCGGCGCUGCCGUCCGGCGUCUCGUCCACUUGCUUUCCACCAUGGGCUGCUGCUCGGGGCGCUGCACGCUGAUCUUCCUCUGCACGCUGCAGCUGUUAGCUGCCCUGGAGAGACAAAUCUUUGACUUUCUUGGCUUCCAGUGGGCUCCUAUCCUUGGUAAUUUCCUGCACAUAAUAGUUGUCAUUUUGGGUUUGUUUGGAACCAUACAAUACAGACCUCGGUAUAUAGUUGUGUACUCGGUAUGGACUGCUAUCUGGGUCACAUGGAAUGUUUUCAUUAUCUGCUUCUAUUUGGAAGUAGGUGGGCUUUCCAAGGAAACUGAUCUCAUGACUUUUAACAUCUCAAUGCACCGAUCCUGGUGGCGAGAACAUGGACCAGGCUGCAUACGAAGAGUGGUGCGUCCUUCAGCUCCUGGGAUGUUAGAUGAUUUUUCCUAUGUCUCUGUGACAGGCUGCAUCAUUGACUUCCAAUACCUAGAGGUCAUUCACAGCGCCAUCCAAAUAUUACUCUCUUUGAUUGGCUUUGUUUAUGCCUGUUACGUGAUCAGCAUCUUCAUGGAGGAAGAGGACAGCUGUAAGUACUGAAUACACACCUAGUCAUCACUGGAGCCACAAUGCUGGGGUCAAAAUAAGUAAUGAGUCACUGAUGGAGCUGUUCAUUACUUUUAGCAACAUUUUGCUGAGGAAUCAGCCUGUUCCAAGGAUAGCACCAGCCUUGCAA